UCUCCCAGGCUUCAGCCUGCUGCCUUCAGCCUAAGCCCUCUUGCCAACCAUGGUGGGUCUCUCCGACCUCCCAUCACGUUAUUGGAGAUGCCCAGAGCUAAUCCUCUUACUGGCUCAUGAAUUAUAGCGUGCCUUAAUCUACAGACUCCAAGAUAGAUGCAUUAUCAUUUUCUGAUGGUGGGGACAUGAACAGAUUUGCUUAAAGGGGCGGCACUGGGCUGACUGAGGUGGUCGGGAGGAAGGCAGCAGCUGAUCAGAAAAUGAAGGCUCUUCUGCUUCUGGUUCUGCCCUGGCUGAGUCCUGCUAACUACAUUGACAAUGUGGGCAACCUCCACUUCCUGUACUCAGAACUCUGCAAAGGUGCCUCCCACUAUGGCCUGACCAAGGACCGGAAAAGACGCUCACAAGAUGGCUGCGCUGAUGGCUGUGCCAGCCUCACGGCAAUGCCACUCUCCCCAGAAGCUUCUGCAGCCGCCACCAUCUCUUUAAUGACUGAUGAGCCUGGCCUAGACAACCCUGCCUACGUGUCCACAGUAGAGGAUGGUGAGCCAGUAACCAACCCCUCAGACUCUGGCCGGAGUAACCGAACUAGGGCACGGCCCUUUGAGCGCUCCACUAUGAGAAGCCGAUCUUUCAAAAAGAUUAACAGAGCUCUGAGUGUUCUUCGAAGGACAAAGAGCGGGAAUACCAUUGCCAACCACACUGACCAGGGCAGGGAGAACUCUGAGAAUGCCACUGACCCUGAAGUCUUCCCAAGGUUGUACCACCUGAUUCCAGAUGGGGAAAUUACAAGCAUCAAAAUCAAUAGAGUGGAUCCCAGUGAAAGCCUCUCCAUUCGGCUUGUGGGAGGCAGUGAAACCCCAUUGGUCCACAUCAUCAUCCAGCAUAUUUACCGUGAUGGAGUGAUUGCCAGAGAUGGACGGCUGCUGCCGGGAGACAUCAUUCUCAAGGUUAAUGGAAUGGACAUCAGCAAUGUCCCUCACAACUACGCCCUGCGGCUCCUGCGGCAGCCUUGCCAGGUGCUGCGGCUCACAGUGCUUCGUGAGCAGAAGUUCCGCAGCAGAGGCAAUGGACAGGCCCUGGACUCCUAUGGACCUCGGGAUGACAGCUUCCACGUAAUUCUCCACAAAAGCAGCCCCGAGGAGCAGCUCGGCAUAAAGCUGGUGCGCAGGGUGGAUGAACCUGGGGUCUUCAUCUUCAACUUGCUGAAUGGUGGUGUCGCCGACCGACACGGCCAGCUAGAGGAGAAUGAUCGUGUGCUGGCCAUCAAUGGACAUGACCUUCGAUUUGGCAGUCCAGAAAGUGCAGCUCAUCUGAUUCAGGCCAGUGAAAGACGUGUUCAUCUCGUCGUGUCCCGCCAGGUUCGACAGCCCAGCCCAGACAUCUUCCAAGAAGCUGGCCGGAUCAGCAAUGGCCGGUGGUCCCCAGGCCUAGGGGAGAGGAACAUGGCUUCAAAGCCCCUCCAGCCUGCAGCCACUUGUCAUGAGAAGGUUGUAAGUGUCCGAAAAGACCCCAGCGAAUCUCUCGGCAUGACCGUUGGAGGGGGAGCGUCACACAGGGAAUGGGACUUGCCUAUCUAUGUCAUCAGUGUUGAGCCCGGAGGAGUCAUAAGCAGAGAUGGAAGAAUAAAAACAGGUGACAUUUUAUUGAAUGUGAAUGGGAUUGAGCUCACAGAGGUCAGCCGGACAGAGGCCGUUGCCAUAUUGAAGAGCACAUCUUCCUCAGUGGUACUCAAAGCCUUGGAAGUCAAGGAACAGGAGCCCCAGGAAGACUGCAGCCCAGCAGCCCUGGACUCCAACCACAACGUGACCCCGCCUGGUGACUGGUCCCCAUCCUGGGUCAUGUGGCUGGAAUUACCACAGUACUUAACUAACUGUAAAGACGUGACACUCCGGAGGAACACAGCAGGAAGUCUGGGCUUCUGCAUUGUAGGAGGUUAUGAAGAAUACAAUGGGAACAAACCUUUUUUUAUCAAAUCCAUUGUCGAAGGAACACCAGCAUACAACGAUGGAAGAAUUAGAUGUGGUGACAUUCUUCUCGCUGUCAAUGGUCGGAGCACAUCCGGCAUGAUGCACGCUUGCUUGGCAAGGAUGCUCAAGGGACUGAAAGGGAGAAUUAUUCUCACUAUUGCUUCCUGGCCUGGUACUUUUUUAUAAAAUCAAUGAUGGAUCUUCAAAAACAGAAAAAGAUCAGAUAGGCUAGGUAAAACUGUAUUUAUCUUGUCAAUUUUUGUAUUUAAAGAAUAUAUUGUAAAAAAAAUGCCAGGCAAAGUAUGACAUUGUGAAAAGAUGCUACACCUCAGAGAAUGUUUUCAAAAAUAAAAAGUGGUAAGUUUUUAUUUAGUGUGGAGGAUUUCUCAUCACUCCAAACCUUUAAGUUUAUAUUUUUCUAUUCAAUAAAAAGCCCAUAAAAAAUCUAAAAUGGUUUGUAUGACACAAUUCAAAUCAAGUAAAAAUAUGGUAUACGUGGAGUUCAAGAAAGAACAAUACGGGCAUUGAAAUUUAAUGGCAGAGGAUUUAAAAUGAGAAAUAAAUCUUUUCUAAAUGGCAGCUGUCUUCUUC